AUGACUACCAAGAAAACUAAUACUGGAGAGCUGUUUGAGGGAGAAGAAGAAGAAGACUUCACACAUAGUUUGUUUGGACCAGAAGAAAAUGGAAAUGUUGCAUCGCUAAUUUCGAAACUACCAUUACCGCAUGCAGAUGAAGCAACUCCUGUUAGCUCGGGGGGUAAAAAUUGUACCCUGAUCUAUAGAAAUAAGAGUCUGCCGGGGAAGCUUAUUUCGAAUAUACACCCAAGAUUGAAUACAUUUAAUAAACUAUUCAACAAUAGUGUGAAGCUAUUUGCAGACAAACCGUGUUUUGGAUACAGAAGGUACGACUACGAAAAGGGGGUUUCAGAGCGUGAGUUUAGAAAUUAUUCUUAUUCUGAAGUGAAUGAAAGGCGGAUGGAUUUUGGUUCGGGCAUUUUGCAUGUCUUGAAAAAUAAUCCUUUUAAAUUGAAGGAUUCAAAGUGCCACGCGAAGAUUGGCAACCAUUUGAGAGACUGGCGAAAAUACGGAGAACCUAGACCACAAGAGAAUGAAAACUGGUCGUUUAUUGUUUCAAUAUUUUCGGCUAAUCGGUUGGAAUGGGUACUAAGUGAUCUAGCAUGUGCAGCCUACUCGUUUGCGAAUACCUCGUUGUAUGAUACACUUGGACCAGAUGCCACCAGAUACAUUUUGGACUUAACCAGAAGUCCUAUAUUAAUAUGUUCGAAAGAAAAAGUUAAAAGAAUCGUAAACAUGAAAAGAGAUUACCCCGACUUAUUAGGUGACCUUAUUACAAUAGUUUCGAUGGACCCAUUGUUUCAUGAUUGUGUCAAAUCAAGGUUUCAAGAUGAAGAUCGUUCAUUGGUAGAAUUGGCUAGAGCUACAAAUAUAGCUCUUUAUGAUUUUGAUCAUGUGGAGAGGUUGGGGAAAUCAUCCCGAAUUAAGGAGUUACCACCCACUGGUAAUACUUUGUACACCAUUGCCUUCACAUCGGGAACGACAGGAUCCAAACCUAAAGGAGUAGUGUUAACUCACGAAAAUGCUACAACUUCUAUUACAUUCCUCGCUAGUGCAAUGCCCCAAAUCAGUCAUGGCAGAGCAUUUAUAUUUUUGCCCCUAACACAUAUUUAUGAAAGAGGAACAACAGGAUUUGCAUUAACGACUGGUUAUUAUUUAGGUUUCCCGCAGUUAACCAUCACUAGCCAGACACCUGUGAAUUCUUUCGAUAAUUUAAUUGAAGAUUUGCGUCUUUUUAAACCAACCUAUUUAUCAUUAGUUCCACGGAUAUUAACGAAGAUGGAGUCAGUGAUUAAAGCAGCAGUGUCUGGUUCAAAUACAGAUAUUUCUUUGUCAAUAAAUAAAAUUAUUGCAUAUAAGUUGAAGAAGCAUUCUGAGUUUGAUGGUUCAAAGGGUCUUCACAAGGAAUACGAUAAUUAUGCUCCGUACAAAGAGCUUAGAUCAAUUAUAGGUUUUGAUAACUUGAUUUGGACCCAGACGGCUUCAGCACCAAUAUCUGGUUUGACACUUAGCUAUUUAAGGGCAUCUUUAAAUAUAGGUAUAAAACAACUAUAUGGCUUAACAGAGACAUAUGGAGCGUCAACACAAGGCGGAGCAUAUGAAUGUAAGCCGGGUUCGUGUGGAAGCGUGGGAAUAGGGGAAGAAGUCAAGCUAAAAGAGAUUCCUGAAAUGGGAUACUUUGCCAAAGAAAAUAAAGGAGAAGUAUUAUUCAGGGGACCAAUGGUUUUCCAGGGAUAUUUCCGGAAUAAAGCGGCAACGGAAGAAUGCUUUGAUGAUGAUGGUUGGUUCCACACGGGUGAUGUAGCCACUAUUGAUCGUGAUACAGGUAGGUUGUUCAUUGUUGAUAGGGUGAAGAAUUUUUUCAAGCUUGCUCAAGGUGAAUAUGUGUCCCCAGAAAAGGUAGAGAAUAUUUACCUCGCAUUUAAUCCUAUGCUUUCACAGUUAUAUAUUCAUGGAGACCGCUUGAAAUCGUAUUUGGUAGGUAUUGCGGGCGUGGAUUAUAACUCUGGUAUGAAAUUUCUUCGGGAUGUUUGUGGAUAUAAAAAUCUUUACAUAACUAAUACCCAAUUACUAGUAGAGAUGAACAAAUUCAGAAAUAGACAGAAAUUUUUAAUGAAAAUUAACUCAUCCGUUGGCAAGCAACUUCAAGGAUUUGAAAGAUUGCAUAAUAUUCACAUUGACAUAAAUCCAUUGACUGUUGAAAGGAAUGUAGUUACUCCCACGUUCAAAAUAAAGAGAGCAAUCGCUGCGAAAUAUUUCCACAAUACAUUGGCCCGAUUAUAUGAAGAAGAGCCUUUAGAAGAAACAAAACCUAAAUUAUAG